AUGGCACGUCUGCAAAUCCUGGUUCUGGUACUAGUCGUAACUCACUCACCAGCCCCUGGGUUAACCACAAGGAUAUUGGUGAAACGAUUUCAGUGCUUGGAGCUUCCCUACGAGAUCAGCAAGCUGCGCUACUGCCAGAUGGAGACGUUUCGCAACGGAACACAGGUGACAGGGAUUAUGGUGGAAAUUUUGAACAAUUUGCAAAAAGUAUUUGUUACCGGUGGCCUGUACAUGAAAUACUUCCGGACACGCACUCAACUUUUAGCCGCGACGAUGGAAUACUGUCAGGAGAGCCAGGACCGACCGUCGGUGGGAAAUGCAGCAACGAAGUUUGCCCUAGAAUAUGCGCAACAGCAUUUUCCCCAGCUGCUCGCUGAUUGUCCUAUCCGGAGCGGUAAGUUGUUCAACGUAACCGGUGUGCGUGUAGAUGAUACGCUCAUACCAGCGUUUGUAAUACCGGGCUCGUAUUACGUGGAAUUACGAGUAUACAACAAAAGAAAUCAAACAGUAUUCAGCGGUUCGUUAGAUGCUGAUAUAAAAUGA